CUAGUCCUCCUCCUGCGUCUCUCUCGCUCUCAGGCGCGCCUGGGCUAAUUCGACGUCGGGAGCCCGGCCUCUCCCCGCUCUCACGUGACCGACCGCAAAGCCUGCCGGGAGCGGGCUUACCCGGUUGUCUGGGCUCUUCAGGCUCAAUAUGGCGGUCCUGGGCGGUCGCUGAGCGAGGCCGGUGGGGUGGCGGCUGUUGGCGCGCAAGCCGGGCUCGAGUCCGCCCUCGCGCCGGUGGGAUUCCGCUCCGACGCCGAGGGAGGCGAGGCCAGAAGACGGGAGCGGGUCAAGCUGGGCAGGAGGGAGGGCCCUUCGCUUGGGCUCGGCGGGGUGGGUCGGGGCGAUGGCCCAGCGAGUGCAGUCGGUGCAGGAGUUUCUCCAGGACUCGUUCGUGCCCUUGGUGGCUGCGCUGUGCAGCGAGGAGGCGGAGAGAGUCACCCGCAAGAACAACCUGGGCUUCUGCGACCUCGUCAAGCCUUUCUGCCGCCUCACCUCGGAAGUUCACAUGAGAGAUCCCAACAACCAACUUCACGUAAUCAAAAACUUGAAAAUUGCUGUCAACAACAUUAUUACUCAGCUGCCUCAACCAUCAGCCGUUCGGAAGCUUCUAAAUGAUGUGGUGACUGUUAGUCAGCCUGCUGAAGGAUUAGUUGCUAAUGUGAUUACUGCAGGAGAUUAUGAUCUCAACAUUAGUGAUCGCUCAGUUAAAGCUAGUGUUCCUUGGUACAGUAGUUGGAAAGACACACUGAUGGGACUGAACACAUCCACGUUUUAUUCAGCUACUACUCCGUGGUUUGAGGCUUAUCGAGAGAGCCUUCUUCAGUCAAUGCCAGCAUCAGAUCAUGAAUUUCUAAACCACUAUGUAGCCUGUAUGCUUGUUGUGUCAUCUAGUGAACCUGAACCUGUGGAACAGUUUUUAAAGUUAUCACAAGAGCAACAUCGGAUUCAACAUAGUAAUGAAUAUUCUUAUCCAAAAUGGUUUAUUCCCAACACACUCAAAUAUUAUGUGUUACUGCAUGAUGUGAGUGUAGGAGAGGAACAAAGAGCUGAUUCAAUUUAUGAAGAAAUGAAGCAGAGAUAUGGGACUCAGGGAUGCUACUUACUUAAGAUAAAUUCUCGUGGAUCUAAUCGAGGGACAGAUGAACAGAUUCCUGAUCCCUGGAGCCAGUACCUACAGAAAAACAGUAUUCAAACCCAGGAACCUUAUGAAGAUGGCCCAUAUACAGUAAUCUCAAAUAAAAGUACUGAUUACUUUAUACCACUUGAUGGAUUAGGAAAUGAUUCCAAAGAUGGUUUAUCAAAUAGUUUUAAGACCCACCCACUCCAGUUGGAUCACACUAAUGACAGCGGUUGUUUUGAUGGCACUGAUUAUAUAAAGUCAAAUGCAUCCCUGCAUGAAUCGAAGAAGGUGAAUACAGGCACACCUCAUGGCACCUGCUUGACGCUCACAGAUCAUGAUCGAAUUCGACAGUUCAUACAGGAGUUCACAUUUAGAGGGCUUUUGCCACAUAUAGAGAAAACAAUCAGGCAACUUAAUGACCAAUUGAUAUCCAGGAAAGGUCUAAGUCGGUCACUGUUUUCGGCAACCAAAAAAUGGUUUAGUGGCAGUAAAGUUCCAGAGAAAAGCAUCAAUGAACUGAAAAGCACUUCUGGCUUACUGUAUCCUCCAGAAGCACCAGAACUUCAGAUCAGAAAAAUGGCAGACUUAUGUUUCUUGGUGCAGCACUAUGAACUGGCAUACAGUUGCUAUCAUACAGCAAAAAAAGACUUUUUGAAUGAUCAAGCAAUGCUUUAUGCAGCAGGAGCACUGGAAAUGGCAGCAGUAUCUGCUUUUCUUCAGCCAGGAGCACCUAGACCAUACCCUUCCCAUUACAUGGAUACUGCAAUUCAGACCUAUAGGGACAUCUGCAAAAACAUGAUGUUGGCUGAGAGAUGUGUGCUGCUUAGUGCGGAAAUAUUAAAAAGCCAAAGCAAAUACUCGGAAGCAGCAGCUCUCUUGAUACGCUUAACCAGUGAGCAGAGCGCUUGGAUGGGAAUGGAUUCAGACCUUCGGAGUGCGCUGUUGCUAGAGCAAGCUGCCCACUGUUUUAUAAACAUGAAAAGUCCUAUGGUUAGAAAAUUUGCCUUUCAUAUGAUACUGGCUGGCCAUAGGUAUAGUAAAGCAGGACAGAAGAAGCACGCAUUACGAUGUUAUUGUCAAGCCAUGCAGGUUUAUAAAGGGAAAGGAUGGUCACUUGCAGAAGAUCAUAUCAACUUCACUAUUGGCCAUCAGUCUUUUACACUUCGGCAGCUUGACAAUGCUGUGUCUGCUUUCAGGCAUAUUUUGAUAAAUGAUAGCAAGCAAACUGCUGCUCAGCAAGGGGCCUUCCUCCGAGAAUAUCUUUAUGUUUAUAAGAAUGUAAGUCAACUAUCACCUGAUGGACCUUUACCCCAGCUUCCUUUACCCUAUAUUAAUAGUUCUGCAACACGAGUAUUCUUCGGACACGACAGGCGGCCAGCAGAAGGUGAAAAACAGGCAGCAACACACAUAAGCCUUGAUCAGGAAUACGACUCUGAAUUUACACAGCAAUGGAAGGAACUUGAAGAGCAAGUUGUGGCUGCAGCUAAUAAAGGCACAGCAUUGUCUAAUUUCCAGCCAACACAGUAUUGUCUGAACAGAUACUCAGAUAAUUCUAGAUUUCCACUUGGUGUAGUAGAAGAACCAAUAACAGUGGAAGUAGCUUUUAAAAAUCCAUUGAAAGUUCCACUUUUGUUAACUGACUUGUCACUACUUUGGAAAUUCCAACCAGAGGACUUCAGUUCAAAGAACAGUGAAGAAACAAAAGAAAUAGAGACAUGUGGAAAAGAGACGAUUGGAGCAGAAGUAAUAUCAGAAUUCUCGAUUAAUAGUGAAGAAACAAAAAUGGCAAGACUAAAGCUCUUUCCCCAUCAAACAGGGGAGCUACACAUUCUGGGAGUCGUUUACAAUCUUGGCACUAUUCAGGGCACUACCAUGCUAGAUGGAGUAGACUCUUCUGUUGGAUUGCAAGCGGGAAAAUAUAUUUCGAAUGGAAUGUCUGUACGAGGGCGACAGGAUUUGGAAAUUCAGGGCCCGCGCUUGAAUAACACAAAAGAAGAAAAAACAUCUAUUAAAUAUGGACCAGAUAGACGUUUAGAUCCCAUUAUAACAGAGGAAAUGCCUUUGCUAGAGGUAUUCUUUAUAAAUUUUCCUACAGGGUUGCUAUGUGGAGAAAUCCGGAAGACACAUGUAGAAUUUAUGAAUGUAAGCAAGAGUCCCCUGACUGGACUGAAAAUUGUCUCUAAACGGCCAGAGUUCUUUACCUUUGGUGGCAGCAGUGCCAUUCGAACACCACUAAGUCCAUCAGCGUCUGAACACUGCAGUGCUUACAAGACUGUUGUAACACAUUCUUCCUCUGUAUGUUCGCUAAUAUCCUCAGUUGCUGCUUCAGACUUUGGGGUUGGAGCAGGAAGUCAGCCUGAAGUCAUAGAUGUCCCUCUUCCUGACUCUGUUCUCCUCCCUGGGGCUUCAGUACAGCUCCCCAUGUGGUUGCGUGGACCAGAUGAAGAAGGUGUUCAUGAAAUAAACUUUUUAUUUUACUAUGAAAGUAUUAGAAAACACUCAAAAAUGUGUCACAGGGUAUUGAGGCACACUGCAGUUAUUUGUACCAGCCGGUCACUGACAGUACGAGCUACUGCAUAUCGAAGUAAUGCUCUUGAGGAUGAAAAAGGUGAAGGUGACAAUAUGCUAGUGUUUGUGGAUGUGGAAAAUAUCAAUACUAGUGAAGCUGGUGUAAAAGAAUUCCAUAUAGUACAAGUAUCUAGUAACAGCAAAAACUGGAAGUUACAGGAAUACAUAAAUCUCUCUGAAGAUAAAGAUAUCAAGCUGGUUAAUAGAGAGAGAGGAAAGCUCUGCUUGAAAGCAGUAAGAUGCAAAAACUUAGUAGAAAACUAUACAUUUGCAGAUAUCGUUUUUGGAAGUGAACAGAUAAUCAGUUCCACCAGUCCGUGUGCAGACUUCUUUUUCCAAAGUUUAUAUUCUGAAUUAAGAACAACUCAAACACAACAAAAUAUGCACACUUCACAAGGAGCAGCAAAACAGUCACUUGACAAUGCUGUCAGACUGAUACAGAAGUGUAGUGAGGUGGAUUUGAAUAUUAUUGUACUCUGGAAGGCAUAUGUUGUAGAAGAUAACAAGCAGCUCAUUUUGGAAGGCCAGCAUCAUGUCGUACUUCAUACAGUAGGGAAGGAGGCAUUUUCUUUUCCACAAAAGCAGGGUUUUAAAAAAAUACUUGGGAAUUCUGACUGGGAAGACUUGGAACAGGAGUCACCGGAGAUGGGUCUCCUAAAUUUCUUUCGAUCAGAAAGCACUUCAGUACCUUCAAGACCAUCUUUGGAUCAGCUUUCCAAUCUUAUCAAAACCAGUCUUCAUUAUCCAGAAACGUUUAAUCAUUCAUUUCAUCAGAAAAGCCUUUGUAUAGUACCAGUCACUCUUCUACUUUCAAAUUGCUCUCAGGCCGAUGUUGAUGUGAUCAUUGAUUUGCGACACAAAACAACAAGUCCUGAAACACUUGAAAUCCAUGGCUCUUUUACCUGGCUUGGACAAACACAGUACAAACUUCAGCUGAAAAGCCAAGAGGUGUCGAGCCUGCGGUUAAGGGCCUGUUUUGUUCAUACAGGAGUUUAUAACCUUGGAACCCCACGAGUAUUUGCCAAACUUUCAGACCAGGUUACUUUGUUUGAAACAAGUCAACAGAACUCAAUGCCAGCACUGAUCAUCAUCAAUAACAUUUGACUUGCUGCAGGAUUAUUUUAAAAACCAAAAAGAGAAGAAAAUUCUAAGUACUGUUAUUUACUGCAUUUCUUUGGAUCUACAAUCUUGAUCAGUUAGAAAGAUAUAGAUAAAAUAAUACAUCACAACUACUUGUCUACUUCUGUUUCAUAAUGCUGGACACAUUGGACUGAAAGUUUUUUUAUUUUAAAAAAGUAUUUCAUAAAAUAAGCAGAAAUACAAUAAAACAUUAAGACUCAUAACAGAUUUGGGAAAUCUUUGUAUAUCUUUGACCCUGUAAAAAUGCAGCUUUAUUGCUGAUAAAACCUUACAGCAUGUGUUAAUAUUUGUGGCUGUAUUAGGAAGCAAUUUAGGACGAAGACUCUUGUUGGCUUUUUUGGUCUCAAGCCAUCUGUUAAUUACAUUUUCUGUGAAGUUCAAUAGAGUAUAAAAUAUAAAUCCUACCCAGUUUUUCAUUUUCACUUUUUAAAAGUUAAGUUGGGACUUUUUUCAUGUUCUGAUAGACAGUCCUACUGCAAACUGCAUAUAACUCUCCUUAAUAAUCUAAAACUUUUGAAACCAGUUUGAAUAUUUUCUCAUUCAUCUCAGCAAAAUGCACUAUUCACAACCAUGACAGGUUUUGUCAUUUAAUCUCAUACACUUUAUUAUGUAAUUAUAACAACUCAGUUGAUCUGUUUAAAAAGUAAAUUACCAGUUAAUUAAGCUUUUCAAGAAAUGUAUUAUAUUUAUAACAAAUGUACUGUAAAUAGAAUAAAAUGUGCACCAUAUUCGCUGUA